AUGUCUAACUUAUAUUGCUGUGUCUGUCGACGACACGGAGGGAGACAUGUGCAAAUCAGGCGCACUACUUACUACGACCACCUGCGUGAAGCAGAGACUGACGAGGAACGCGAGCAAAUCAUUAAUGCACAGGACGAUCCUGAGGCCAUCCAGCUGAUUCGUAAAUACCUGAGCAAGCGGUGUGCCAGUGCAACUCAUGCUCCUCCUGGAAAACGCACUUGCACAGCCAGUCCACAUCAUCAAAACGACGAGCCUCAUCAGCCUCAAAACGACGAGCCUCUGCAGCCUCAAAAUGACGAGCCUCCGCAUCCAACAAAUGAUGAGCCUCAUCAGCCUCAAAACGACAAGCCUCCAUAUUCACCAGAUGAUGAGAACCUGCAGCCUCGAGACAAUGAGCCUCCGCAUCCACCAAAUGAUGAGCCUCAUCAGCCUCAAAACGACGAACCUCCACAUCCACCAGAUGACGAGAACCUGCAGCCUUGA